AUGCGCGGCUUUUCAUCCUUCUUCAUCGCGACUGUGCUCUCGAGCGCUGUCGCAGCUUUCCCAGCUUCCACCACCAAUGGCAAAGACGUUCAAGACGGGCUUGGGCAGGAUGCCGGUUCGCCCAAUCAUAUUUUGGCCCGUGACAACAACGCCCUAACCUGGCUCUAUCACGUGGACAACCGUCCGCUCGAUACAAUCCGGAGGCUGGGCCACCUGGAAAGCGGAAUCAAACUUUACCAACAUAACUACUAUGCUGUGGAGUAUAUUAAACAGCACGAGGGGACUUAUGUGUACAAGGUUCAGGCCCACAGGAUCAAAUCCUCUUUCCGCGAGAUUCAGGGCAAGGAGUCAGAUGAAGAGAAUUGGAAGGCGAUUAAGCAAAUUCCUUUGGAGUAUAUCGAAGUUGCGACCAGGUGGGAUCGCGAAGGGGGCUACGCGGUCGAUACAGUAGUGCACCUCAAUCGGGGCCAUUAA